UAGUUUCCUCGUGACCGAAAGGUCACAUGUGUAUGGUUUGUUAUGUCGGCGCGAGACAAAGCGUACUAUAAAAUGAUAACAAAUGUAGGCCUAGUUAUAAUUUUGUCAAUGAUAACAGUGCAGUGUGCCGCAAAAUGUGGUUAUCAGUCUUGCACAGGUACUAAACAAGGUGUUGUCAAUGUACACUUGGUUCCUCAUACACAUGAUGAUGUUGGAUGGUUGAAAACAGUUGACGAAUAUUAUUAUGGAGCUAACAACAGUAUACAACAUGCCGGCGUCCAGUACAUAUUGGAUUCUGUGGUGUCUGAGUUGCAGCGGGAUCCUGAUAAGCGAUUCAUCUACGUAGAGGUUGCGUUUUUUGAGCGCUGGUGGAAUGAGCAGACAGUUUCAACUAAGAAUGUAGUCAAAAAUCUUGUUAAUGAAGGACGUUUAAUGUUCAUAAACGGUGGAUGGUGUAUGAACGAUGAAGCCACACCGCAUUACAACGCUAUCAUUGACCAGAUGACUCUUGGUCUGCGGUUUCUCAACGACAACUUUGGCACUUGCGGACGCCCGUUAAUUGCCUGGCACAUUGAUCCAUUCGGACACUCACGGGAGCAGUCCUCAUUAUUUGCGCAAAUGAGCUUCGAUGGGUUUUUUUUCGCCCGAAUCGACUAUGCAGACCAGUCUGAACGAGAAAAGACGAAAACCAUGGAGGGAGUGUGGAAGAGCAGUGUGAAUUUGGGUUCAGCAGCCGACAUGUUCUUUGGCACCCUCUACGGCCCCCUGUACGGGCCACCUCAUGGGUUUUGCUUUGAUCAGGGAUGUCAUGAUCAACCAAUACAAGAUGAUAAAAAUCUCUUUGACUACAAUGUUGACCAGAGAGUAAAGGAUUUUGUAGCAGCUGUACAGGAUCAGAUUUGCAAACAAUUGGAGAUUCUUGGAAAAUCAAAGGCCUCAUCAGACAUUCUCAAACGAGCUAUGGCUGUGGCCCAGCAUCACGAUGCAGUCAGUGGCACUGAGAAGCAACAUGUGGCUAAUGAUUAUGCUAAACGCCUUGCUAUUGGUCGAGCCAGUUGCCAGGAGUUAAUUGGAACCACAAUUACAUCGGUGGUGACGGACAAAGCUACAGUAAACCAAGCACAAUAUUGCGAGUACAUGAACAUCAGUAUCUGUGGCAUUACAGAAUCAGAAAAACAGUUUAUUGUAACAAUUUACAAUCCAAUUGCACGUCCUGUCAACAGCUAUGCCAGCAUUGCAGUUGAUGGUAGUGCCUAUGCGGUAACAGACAAUAAUAUGACCAGCAUUAAAAGUCAGCUAUUUGAUGUGACGGCAGAGACUAAGCGAGUUCGUGGAAGCCGCAAGGGUUCUAGCAAAGUGCUUGUUUUCCCGUACACGGUGCCUGCGCUGGGAUUGUCAACUUACCAUGUGUCAGCUCAAAAUCAUUUGACAGCAAUGCAAACUAAAGGUGUUAGCAAGUACACGAUGGCCCAGAUGCCCAACAGUGGUGAUAUAAUCAUUAGCAACAAGAUUUUGAGUGUAACAUUUGACGGUGUUAGUGGCAUUUUGAAGUCCAUGGCAAAUGUAGCGCAGAACAUGUCAUUAAAAGUAAAUCAGUCGUUCUACUGGUAUAACGCAAGCACCGGGAAUGACGUCAGCGGCCAGGUAUCGGGGGCCUACAUUUUCCGUCCAAAUAAGACAACACCCAUCCCACUUUUCAAUGGAAAAUCUGUGUCCUUGACUGUCAUAAAGGGUGAAAUUGUUCAAGAGGUUCACCAGCAGUUCCAACCAUGGCUAAGUCAAGUGGUCAGGCUUCGGGAAGGCCAGGAUUACGCCGAGUUUGAGUGGACUGUGGGACCAAUCCCGAUCAAUGAUGGCUUUGGUAAGGAAAUUAUAAGUCGUUUUGAUUCUGAAAUAGAAUCUUCCAAUGUCUUCUACACAGAUGCCAAUGGACGACAAAUGAUCAAAAGAAAGUUAAACCAUCGAGACACAUGGACAUACAACAAUACGGAACCUGUGGCCGGAAAUUACUAUCCAGUUAAUAGCAGGAUAUAUAUCAAGGAUACCAGGUCACAACUUACGGUGCUAACUGAUCGAAGCCAAGGGGGUAGUUCUCUGACGAAUGGAUCUUUGGAACUCAUGGUCCAUCGAAGGUUACUGUAUGAUGACUAUCGAGGGGUCGGUGAACCUCUAAAUGAAACUGGACAAUUCGGUGAUGGUUUGAUGGUGCGCGGUAAGCAUUGCGUACAGCUUUCUAAGCCUUCUGUGGCAGGGAAAAUGCACAGAAGCCUUGGGGAAAGACUCUACAUGGCUCCUAUAGUGAUGUUCAUACCUGCUGGAGCUGAUGGGCUUAAAGAACCAAGGUUAAAAGAUUCAAUGUUAGAGCACCCUCUCCCAGAAAAUGUUCAUUUACUUACCUUGGAGAAAUGGAGUGAUGACACGGUGCUGCUGCGAUUAGAACAUCAAUACGAGAAAACAGAUGAUGCAGAUUUAUCAAAGAAUGUUACUGUUUCACUAAAGGGUUUGUUUGUGACAUUCGACAUUCAAAGUGUACAGGAGGUGACUUUAAGUGCUAACCAGGUAUUAUCGGAGGCUAAGAGAUUGCAGUGGAAUACAGCCAACGGAUUUGUGCCAACAGAUUCUAAACCCCCACCAGUUUCACCGGUUACAUUAGAUGUCACAUUGACCCCUAUGCAAAUUCGGACAUUCCUGGCCAAGGUCAAAAUGCAUUGACGUGUGUAUACCUGAGUAAAAACUAACUAUUAAAUGCGUUCCUAAAGUUUGAUGAACGAUUUUUUCAAGUAGAUAAACUCUUAAUUUCAACGCUUAAGUUUGUCAGUCAAAUAUUUUUAUAUAAAUAUAUAAAUAAAUAAUAUAAACAUUUAUGUAGCUCUCAAUCAUUAAGGUGCAUUAAAAUGUUGUAUUGUGUUGAGAUCAAGAGUUUAUUACUUGUAGUCAUUACAUUAUCAAUACAAAUUUUUGUUGUUGUUGAAUACCAAUUUUUUAAAAGUAAAACUAGUACUUUCUUUGUUAAAUGAUGAACCUCAAUUUUCAUGAGAAAAUAUUUUGCCAAAAUUUAUAUUAAACUUCUAAAGCAGGCUAUGAAAUAGCUUUGAAGUGCAGCCUCCCAUUUGAGACCCUUCUAAUUUUAAGACCCCUCUAGUUCAAGACCACUUUUUGAGAGAACCAAAUAACAGUAUUUAAGGUAGAGGUAGGAAAUAACCCGUGACUUGCAGUCUUAACUUUCUUCUCCCCAAGGGGACACAUCAUGUCCAAUCAGCUGCCAAGUGGCGCACUUUGGUCUGUCCACGACGGGCUGAAUGAACCAGUGCACCGUGGUAACCCUCAACUCUUCUCGAAGGAUGUACAGGGUUCUUUAAAGUGCACACAAGCCAAUUGCGUACACUGGGCCUACGGUUUAGAGUCCUUAUCCAAGUAGACUUCUUCUGCCACCAAAAUCAUAGGCAAGUGUGCCGUUCAAACCAGCGUCAAUAUUAUGGCUACAGGUUGCAGCGGUAAUUCGUCUCAAUCUAUUAACAUUAAGCAAACCCUCUAUGAAGAGACAGCACCCUAAUACCACGCAAAACUUUUAGGUCCCAAAUGUGAUCUUGAAUUGAAGGUUGAAUUGCAUAUAUACUAUGAACUCUGAAUGGGCUUUCAUUUGUAUUGUAGAAGCUGUUUUUUAGGUAAACUUAUUUAAAAAAUCACUGGUAGAACUGUAAUGAAAUAAAUUUAAUAAGUCAGUCAUUAGAGAGCUAUGGUUUAUUUUAUUUUAGUGAAGAAAUUAUUGACUUUUCAAAAUUCAAUUUAUUCAACAAAAAUAAACAUAGAUUUUUAAGUAUGUUUUGUGGUGAAUACAAACAAAUUGAUAAGAAAAAUUUGAACAAUAAAGGAAGUUGGUUUAAUCUGAUGGCCAACAUGAAUUUUACAAAAUCCAAAAUUCCAUAACAAGCUAAAUAAAUUGAAAUGGAAAAAUAUUUCAAUGCAUUAAAGUGUUUUUCUAUUUCAUGUAACAUGACUACGUAUAUUAAUCACUUAAAAUAUCAAAGAUAACACUCAUUCAUCAUGUUGCACAUAGACACAAGCAAUAAGAUGUAAACUGUGCAUAGUUGUACCAUCAUUACGUGGCUUCAAAAUUUGCCAACAGGGGUCAGAGUCAUAAGGGGCUGCUUAGGACUUCCAGACAGGGCUCCAGAUUAAAACACUUGAUUGGGUUACACGUUGACUGCCAAUCAUUUUUUCCGAGUUCCGUCUCUUAUGCCUUAACCUAUUUAGACCAGUGUAUGUGUCCCAUGAUAAGAUACAUUCUGAUGACAAAUUUUCUACUGGGCAUAAACAAAAAUGAUUAUGAUGUAAUAAUGUGGUUGAAAAAUUAAUUAUUAUCCUUCUCAGUCAUUUAUAACACUGAAAAAAUAUUGCAUUGAUGAAAGUGAAAAAGUUACUGUAGACCUAUUGUGAAUUAAACAUUAAACUACUGUGCAUGGAAAAAACAUGUAUAAUUGUAUUAUUGUCCAUUUUGGGGAUACUGUAUAUUUAUGUGUUUUCAGUAGAACACUAUUAAGGGGACACCUUCAGGAUUUAAAAAAAUUGUCCCCUUAUGGUGUUCCCUGAAUAGGGGUUGGCCGUAGUGUUAAUAGAUACACUUCCUCUCAUUUACUGCCCAAAAAUGUGUCCUCUUGAUAGGGUUAUCAACUUAAUAUGGUUUUGUCAAAGAAGGGGUUCUACUGUAUUUUUAUUCUCUUUCAGUAUGGUAGCCCUCUCAGUGAUAAACAUCGUUCUUCCGAAGGCCCCAACAACAUGUUAAAUUGAUUUGUACUUUUUUACCAUUUCAUUUGUACUCAUUCUUGAACCCACUUGACAAAUUGCAAGAUUUUGAACCUCUGUAACGCAGCUUCUUUAUAUAUAUUUAUGUGUACGAAAUUCUAGAGAUUGAAAUAUUUUGGACUUAAUCUAAAAUCAGUGUCAAAAGUAAUGCUUUGGAAUUGCCUUUUUUGAAUUCAACAAUCACUGAUGAUUGAUUGAUUGAUUAAUUUAUUGGUUACUUGAUUAGUUGGUGUAUUGAUUGAUAGGUAUAAGUACUUGAUUGAUUUUUUGAUAAGUUUAAAUGGAUGGAUGCUUCAUUAAACCAAAUUUACCAACAAAAGUUUUCGAAACACUGAAACGCAGCUGCUUAGUGUAUUUAUAUGUACGAAUUUUAGAGAAUAAAAUAUUUCGGAUUCAAUCUAAAA